UUUUAUUGCCAAUUUUCAAUUUUCAGUUCUCAGACACACUCACACUCACUCUCUCUCUCUCUCUCUCUCUCUCUCUCUCUCUCUCUCUGAUUGGUACCUAUUCCUAAUUUUCUAUUCCGCUAUCUAGCAGCACGCCAUUGAAAUCAGCAUCAAGAUUCAAAUCACCAUCACUAACCUACUCUCAUCUGCUCCAUAUCAUUCUCCAUCACUCUUCACUACUUUGCGUCGUUUUUCUUUCAUGUUAGAUUGUUUUCAUCAGCGUUGACUUAACAACAACUGAUUUGAAUUUCAGUUUGAAUUUGAUAACGGAUUUGUUCAUCGAUUUCCAUUCAUUCCGAGCUUCAACUUGAGCUGUUUUUAGUUUUUUUUUUUUUAAAUUUUUUUGGACAUGGAAACUUUGCUGAAUGAGGAGUUUGGUGAAGUGAAAGCGAAGAAUUCAUCCGAAGAAGCGCUACGAAGAUGGAGGAGUCUUUGCUGGUUGGUGAAAAAUCCAAAGCGUAGGUUUCGUUUUACUGCAAAUCUCAACAAGCGUUCUGAAGCUCAGGCUAUUCGUCGUUCUAAUCAGGAAAAGUUAAGAGUUGCAUUGUUGGUCUCACAAGCUGCUCUCCAGUUUAUACAGGGUGUAUCAUAUACUCCACCUGAAGAAGUCAAAUCAGCUGGGUUUGAGAUUUGUGCUGAUGAGUUGGGAUCCAUUGUGGAGGGUCGCAAUAAGAAGAAGCUGAAAGAUCACGGCGGAGUUGAGGGAAUCAUUAAAAAGCUUUCUACAUCAACCACAAAUGGAUUACCCACUGCUGAGCAUUUGGUGAAUCGUAGAAAGGAAAUUUAUGGAGUCAAUAGAUUUAUUGAAAGUCCUCCCAAGAGUUUCUUAGUUUUCGUAUGGGAAGCUCUUCAAGAUAUGACUCUCAUGAUACUUGGAGUUUGUGCAUUUGUUUCUUUGUUUGUUGGCAUUUUAAUGGAGGGAUGGCCCAAAGGAGCCCAUGAUGGUCUUGGAAUUGUUGCUAGCAUUUUGUUAGUAGUAUUUGUAACUGCAACAAGUGAUUAUAGACAGUCAUUGCAAUUUAAGGAUCUGGACAAGGAGAAAAAGAAGAUCAUCAUUCAGGUUACUAGAGAUGGUUGUCGACAGAAAGUAUCAAUCUAUGACUUACUUCCCGGGGAUAUUGUUCACCUUGCCAUUGGAGAUCAGGUCCCAGCUGAUGGACUUUUCAUCUCAGGGUAUUCUGCUGUUAUUGAUGAAUCAAGCUUGACUGGAGAGAGUGAACCUAUUCAUGUCAACCUUGAGCAUCCUUUUCUAUUGUCUGGAACCAAAGUGCAGGAUGGUUCAUUAAAAAUGCUUGUUACUACCGUUGGAAUGAGAACACAAUGGGGUAAAUUGAUGGCUACUCUUAGUGAAGAAGGCGAUGAUGAAACACCCUUGCAGGUCAAAUUGAAUGGGGUGGCUACUGUCAUUGGAAAAAUCGGCCUCUUUUUUGCUGUGGUUACUUUUGCUGUGAUGGUGCAAGGAUUAUUCAGCCGCAAGUUACAAGACGGUUCAUUGUGGAGUUUGUCUGGUGAUGAUGCUCUUGAAAUAUUGGAAUAUUUUGCCAUUGCUGUAACAAUAGUAGUUGUUGCUGUUCCUGAGGGACUACCCUUGGCUGUGACUUUGAGCCUUGCUUUUGCAAUGAAGAAAAUGAUGAAUGACAAGGCUCUUGUGCGUCAUCUUGCUGCUUGUGAGACAAUGGGAUCUGCUACUACUAUUUGCAGUGACAAAACAGGGACACUCACCACUAAUCAUAUGACUGUUGUCAAAGCACACAUAUGUGGGAAAACAUUGGAGGCAAAUCACUUCAAGGAAUCUGAAAUUCCUGACUCUGCACAGAAAGUCCUUUUAGAAUCCAUUUUCAAUAAUACUGGAGGAGAAAUUGUGAAAGCCAAAGAUAACAAAAUUGAGAUAUUAGGAAGUCCCACUGAAACUGCAAUACUGGAGUUUGGAUUAUCACUUGGCGGUGAUUUCAUGGCAGAGCGUGAAACAUCAAAAAUUGUAAAAGUCGAGCCUUUCAACUCCUCAAAGAAGAGAAUGGGAGUGCUUGUAGAGAUCCCUGGUGGAGGUAUCAGAGCACACUGUAAAGGUGCUUCUGAAAUUAUUUUGGCUGCAUGUGAUAAGGUUGUUGACUCGAAUGGGGAGGUAGUCUCCCUUGAUAAAGCAUCAGUUGAACACUUAAAUGCCACUAUUGAAGAGUUUGCUAAUGAUGCUCUUCGCACUUUAUGCCUAGCAUACAAAGAUUUAAGAGACGAUUUCUCUGCUGACAGUCCUGUUCCUGUGGAUGGAUACACCUGCAUUGGGAUAGUAGGCAUCAAAGAUCCAGUUCGUCCGGGUGUCAAGGAAUCUGUUGCAAUCUGCAGAUCAGCAGGAAUCACUGUCCGGAUGGUUACAGGUGACAACAUUAAUACAGCAAAGGCAAUUGCUAGAGAAUGUGGGAUUCUUACGAAGGACGGCAUAGCUAUUGAAGGUCCUGAGUUUCGUGAAAAGAGUGAGGAAGAAUUGACUGAACUAAUACCCAAAAUUCAGGUCAUGGCUCGAUCUUCACCAAUGGAUAAACACACUCUUGUCAAACAUUUGCGGACCACUCUUCAAGAAGUUGUGGCAGUGACUGGAGAUGGUACAAAUGAUGCUCCUGCCCUUCAUGAAGCUGAUAUUGGUCUAGCUAUGGGAAUUGCUGGCACUGAGGUUGCAAAAGAGAGUGCUGAUGUCUUGAUAUUGGAUGAUAAUUUUUCUACUAUUGUAACGGUGGCCAGAUGGGGACGCUCCGUAUAUACCAAUAUUCAGAAGUUUGUACAGUUCCAGUUAACAGUUAACAUUGUUGCCCUCAUUGUCAACUUUUCUUCAGCUUGUUUGACUGGAAGUGCUCCACUUACUGCUGUUCAGCUUUUGUGGGUUAACAUGAUUAUGGACACCCUUGGUGCACUAGCACUGGCCACUGAGCCUCCCAGUGAUGAGUUGAUGAACCGACAACCUGUUGGAAGGAAAGGAAGCAUUAUCAGUAAUGUGAUGUGGAGGAAUAUAUUGGGACAAGCAAUUUAUCAAUUUGUUGUGAUAUGGUAUCUGCAGACUAGAGGAAAAUCUGCUUUUGGACUAACUGAUCCUGAUUCUGAUUUAACUCUGAACACUCUUAUUUUCAAUUCUUUUGUAUUCUGCCAGGUGUUCAAUGAGAUAAGCUCCAGGGAGAUGGAGAAGAUUAAUGUUUUUGCUGGGAUCCUAAACAACUACAUUUUCGUUGGUGUUCUCACAGCUACAGUUCUUUUUCAAAUUGUAAUUAUCGAGUUCCUUGGUACAUUCGCUAACACAACCCCACUUACUGCUGGUCAAUGGUUUGUGUGCAUCUUGUUUGGGUUUCUCGGGAUGCCAAUUGCUGCUGCGUUAAAGAUGAUCUCAAUAUGAAGAAUGAACAAGGACGUUGGAAAAGAUAAUUUUGUAGCUUACUGUCUCUUCCCAUCUGCUCAUGUGCUUCUAAAGCUUCCACUGCCUGAAGUAUGAUCUUGCAAGUCUUCAUCUACUAUUUUUUGCGCGUCCUUCCAAACUUUUGCAAGGUCCUUGUUUCUUCACUCUACCGUUCAGACUACUUUUGGCUAUUUGAGAAAUUGGCGAAAUGUGAUUCACUGAAUUGAUUGGUUAAAAACCUGAUUUUGCUGGAAAUUAUUGCUCAUGUUGAUAGAUUUCGUUCUGCACAUAAGCUGUGCACUUGACCACAGAUCAUAUAAAGGAAUGUGAUACGGCCAGUCACCUAGUAAUCCUUCUCUGACAAGCUGACUUUCACACUUGUGGCCAAUAUUGGGCAAUAUGAGCCGCCUAUUCUUGUAAUUGCAUCUGUAUUGGAUCUAAAAUACUACAAAUUUUCUACAAGAUUAUGUAAGUACAUUCUUUCUAGUUUCUUUUCUAGUUUCAGUAGAACAGAAAGAAUGAAGCCAAAUGAUGCUUUUAUCUGCUUUGUC